AUGCCAAAUAUGCGUGGCGAUGGUAUGCGUGGUUUAGCCGUGUUUAUUAGUGAUAUUCGUAAUUGUAAAAGUCGAGAAGCUGAAUUGAGACGUAUUAAUAAAGAAUUAACAAAUAUUCGUCAACGAUUUAGAACAGAUAAAACAUUAGAUGGUUAUCAAAAGAAAAAAUAUGUUUGUAAAUUAUUAUUUAUUUUUUUAUUGGGACACGAUAUUGAUUUUGGCUACAUGGAAGCCGUCAAUUUAUUAAGUUCAAACAAAUAUACAGAAAAACAAAUCGGUUAUUUAUUUAUAUCUGUCAUUAUGAACAAUAGUACAGAAAUGAAACAGUUAAUUAUCCAAAAUAUUCGAAAUGAUUUACAAAGUAGAAAUCCUAUAUUCAUCAAUCUUGCAUUACAAUGUGUGGCUAAUAUUGGAGAAAAAGAAAUGGCAACAGCAUUUACAAACGAUAUACCGCGACUACUCAUAUCGGGUGACACAAUUGAUCCUGUUAAGCAAUCUGCUGCUCUAUGUCUACUAAGACUUCAUCGAACAAGCUCAGACGCGCUUCAAAUGAAUACAGAAUGGACUGGUCGAAUAAUUCACUUAUUAAACGAUCAACAUUUGGGUGUAGCAACAGCUGCUGUCAGUUUAAUUGAAGCACUUGUUAAACGGAAUCCCGAAGAAUAUAAAGGUUGUGUCAAUUUGGCUGUUUCAAGAUUAAGCCGAAUAGUUACAUCGUCGUAUACUGAUUUUCAAGAUUAUACAUAUUAUUUUGUUCCUGCACCAUGGUUAUGUGUCAAACUAUUAAGAGUACUACAAAAUUAUCCACCACCAGAUGAUCCUUCUAUUCGUAGUCGUUUAAAUGAAUGUUUGGAUACAAUUUUAAAUAAAGCUCAAGAACCAUUAAAAUCUAAAAAAGUUCAACAUUCAAAUGCGAGAAAUGCUGUUUUAUUUGAAGCAAUCAAUUUAAUUAUACACAUGGAUUGUGAGUCUACCCUACUUGUCAGAGCAUGUAACCAACUAGGACAAUUUUUACAGAAUAGAGAAACAAAUUUGAGAUAUUUGGCACUUGAGAGCAUGUGUCUAUUAGCUACAUCCGAAUUUUCACAUGACGCAGUUAAAAAACAUCAAGAAACAAGUGAACGUGAUGUUAGUGUUCGUCAACGUGCUGUUGAUCUUUUAUAUGCAAUGUGUGAUCGUUCGAAUGCUCAAGAUAUCGUUCAAGAAAUGUUAACUUAUCUUGAAACAGCUGAUUAUACAAUAAGAGAAGAAAUGGUAUUGAAAAUAGCGAUAUUAGGUGAAAAAUAUGCAAUCGAUUAUAAAUGGUAUCUUGAUAUAAUGUUAAAAUUAAUUAGAAUUGCCGGAGAUUUUGUCUCUGAAGAGGUAAUAUAUGAUCGAGCUGAAAAAGGAAAAGUUUGGUAUCGUGUUAUUCAAGUUGUGGUAAAUCGCUCCGAUGUUCAAAGUUAUGGAGCCAAAAUUGCUUUUGAAGCAUUGCAAGCUCUAGCCUGUCAUGAAAAUAUGGUUAAAGUCACUGGCUACAUACUUGGAGAAUACGGAAAUCUAAUUGCACUAGAUCCACGAUCAAUUCCAAUGAUUCAAUUCGAGCUUUUACAUUCAAAAUACCAUUUAUGUUCUCCAACGACUCGUUGUCUUCUAUUAUCGACUUACAUGAAAUUUGUUAAUUUGUUUCCAGAAAUAAAACAACAUAUACAGGAAGUUUUACGUCAUGAGUCUAAUUUUCGUAGUUCAGAUGUUGAAAUUCAGCAACGUUCCAUUGAAUAUUUGAAACUCAGCGAAGUGUGUACGCCAACGGUUUUAGCCACUGUCCUAGAAGUAAUGCCACCUUAUCCAGAGAAAGUAUCACCGUUGCUUGUGAGAUUAAAACAAAAAAAACCGUUAAUGGAUGGCAGUUUAAGCGGAGCUGGUGGUGAUGAAUCAACUGCAGCAGUUGAUGGGCUUAAUCAUGAAAGUACACAUACAGAAACGCAUAAAACUAAUGAGCAGCUAACUUCAUCACAUGCUAUUAAUUUGAAUCAACAUACAGUUCAACAACAGCAACAAAAUGGUCUUCUCGUUUCGCUUGAUAAUGAAUCGUCAACAGAUGAAAAUAACUACUCAUUGGCCUCAAUUUUAUCCAAUUCAAGUGCACCCAUAACAUCAAAUAAUUUUUACAAACAGUCAUCAUUAGACCAACAACAAUCAUCAUUUUACCCCAAGCCAAAUUCUGUGCCUUCAACACUUGGUAGUAAAAAAUUAUUAUUUAAAACAAGUGAUGUUAUAUUUGAAAAUGAUCUAUUACAAAUUGGAGCAAAAUUAGAAACACAAAAAAAUAUUUGUCGAUGUGAACUCUAUUUUGGAAAUAAAACUGAUAUUAAUAUGACAAGUUUUUCACCAUCAUUAGCACUAACUGGAGAGUUGAUUCAGCAAGCAUUUAUUUUAGAACUUAGAGUUGAUGCUGAACAAAUAAAAUCAACGAUCGAACCAAAAACUCAAACAAAACAAAUGUUAACAAUUGAAUGCUUAAAAGAAUUUCGGGAUAUACCAAAAAUGAAUCUAUCAUUCUUCUAUAGUAAUGUUCCACAAAAACUUGAAUUUUCCUUUCCAUUGUAUAUCAACAAGUUUAUUGAAAAAGUUGAAAUGGAUUCAAAUAAUUUCUUUUUAAGAUGGAAAAAUUUAGACAAACCAGGACAAGAGUGUCAAAAAAUAUUCUCCGCCAAAAAUCCUAUUGAUCAUGAAGACUGUUCUCAAAAACUGAUUGGUUUUGGUUGGAGUAAUCUUGUUGGAAUCGAUGUUAAUACUGAAAACUUUUGUGGUGCCGGCAUUUUGCAUACAACAGGACAACAAAUCGGAUGUCUGUAUCGUUUAGAACCAAAUAAGCAAACGAAAAUGUAUCGAUUGUCUGUACGUGCCAGCAAAGAUACGGUUGCCACACGUCUGACCGAACUAUUAGAGGAUCAAUUUUAA